CUAACAUACGGCUAAAAGAUCGAAGGCGAUAGAAACGACACGAUACAUAUAAAAGGUACCUCAGCUAUCUUCUACAUUAGUUGUACUUGCCUAUUAUCUCUUGAUAUAUAUAAAUUACUCAACUACCAUUGAUUUCUAAAAGGUUAAAGUCAAUUUUAUUUUUUAAACUCACUCACUACAAAAAAAAAAAAACAUCACAAAGUAUUAUGUCUAUCGUAAUAAUUGGAGGUAACUUUGCAGCAAUUGCAGCUGCCAGAAACACUUUUGAUCAAAUCAUAGCUGCUGGAAAGAAGGAUGACUAUGAAGUGACUGUGAUUUCUGCUUCUGAAAAAGUUUGGUGUAACACCACUGCUCCACGUCUUUUAGUUGAACCAGAACAUUUCGAAAAAACUGUCCGUCCUGUCAAAGAUUUUUUAAAGGAAAGUAGCAAGGGUGUCAAGUUCAACUUCAUACAUGCAACUGCUGAAAAAUCUGACUUUGAUGCAAAGACCGUGACUGUCAAGGGUUCCAAUGGGUCCCAAACUGUCAAGUAUGACUACUUGGUUGUUGCUACCGGAACCAAAUCCCUCUCCUCAGCAUUUAAAUUGAACGGAAGCUUUGAGGAAAGUCACUCAAGUGUUAAAGAAUUAAACAAGCAAAUUAUCGCUUCUCAAAGAAUUGCCAUUGUUGGUGGUGGUCCAACUGGUGUGGAAACUGCCGGUGAAAUUGCUUAUUCUUAUCCAAAGAAGGAAGUCGUUUUGUAUACUGGUUCUUCUGGACCUUUGGAUUUCAUGGGAACUAAGAAGUCCAACACUGCCAGCAAGAUGUUGACCGAUUUGAAGGUUAAGGUUGUAAACAACAAGCGUUCCACUUCUGUGGUUACUGCUGAAAAUGGUAAGACUACUUUGACUUUUGGUGAUGAAGGCUCGGAAGUGUUUGACUUGUACAUUCCUGCUAUUAGUGGGAAGCCAAACACUUCAUUCAUUGAUUCCAAGUACCUUGACAAGGGGGGAUACCUCGAUGUUGACUCCCACUUCCGCGUCAAGGGUCACCCAGAAGUCAUUGGGUUUGGUGACGUUCUUUCUAUUGCCAAAAAGACAGUAGUGGAUAUCAAAUUCUAUCAAACCAAGGUAUUUGUUGCCACUAUCAAACAUGAUCUUUUCAACAAGGGUUCACUUGUAUCUUAUGCCACUGGUAGCCUUACUAUUGGUGUUCCAAUUUCUAGAAACGGGGGUGUUGGUUUAAUUUUCGGUUGGUCUAUGCCUAGUUUCCUUGUUAAGGUUUCCAAGGGUAAGGAUUUCAUGAUUCCAAAGGCCAUUGACGCUUACAAAUAGACUAUAUAAUAAAAUAA